AUGGAAGCGCCAGCACCACUCGAACCUGAUAGGCCCACAACUCCCGAGCAUCGCUCGAUCACCAGGAAAAAGCCUCAGGCACUCAUACCGCGGAAAGAACCCCUGUUCGAGGUGGGUAAAUCGCUGUGGAAGAAAAAUUCUGUCGGAGUUUUCGAUAUCUUGGUGACUGUUGAUAAAGUCAUAAAUGAAGGCAAUCACAAUACCUACAUUGUUGUGGAUAGCAGCGGGGUGAAGUGGGAGCAUCCGGUUGGAGAGAAAGAUCUGCGGCCUGCAUAG